GAAGGUCUCAAUAAGGUGGGACUGAGGCGGUGCUACAUAUGCAUAAAUAAAACUGGUGCAACAGGUGAUGAUGUUGAUACAGCAAAAGAAAGCGCCAUAGCACAGAGAGGACACAUGCAGGACAACUCCGAUUGGAAACAUAUUAGAGCACCUGAAAAUAUUCCUGGAUGAUAAGGUAAAAAAGAAGUAGGCCUACAGGUCAUCAGAGAGAAAGAGUUUCAGAGAGGAAAACAUCCAGAUCACUCAGCAAUGACAUCCUAUGAAUCUCAAGGUCAUUCUCCGACGAGAUGUGGCCCUCAGUUCCCAAACUUGGGACAGGAACCUCCAGAAUUGAGUCUGUACAGCGACAGCUACUAUCCACCACCAUCACUGCCGAGUCCACAGAGAGCAAAUCCUUCCUCAUAUGAACUCGCAGACUACGCUGCCUCAUCGCCUAACCCCUACCUGUGGUUCAACAGCCCAGGGAUGAACAGCACUCCUUAUCUGGGUGCAACACCAGGCCCUCCAGGACCGCCUUUUGUUCCCCAGCACUACGGCAUGCAGAGGCCCUAUUUAGGACCUGGGGGACCAGGUGGUCCUGGUGGUGAACUGAGCUGGUUCUCUAUGCCUUCUCAAGAGGAACUUAUGAAGCUGGUCAGGCCGCCUUAUUCAUACUCCGCUCUUAUUGCCAUGGCCAUACAUGUUGCACCAGAACGCCGCCUCACGCUAAGUCAGAUUUAUCAGUAUGUUGCAGACAACUUCCCUUUUUAUAACAAGAGCAAAGCAGGAUGGCAAAACUCUAUUCGUCACAACUUAUCACUAAAUGACUGUUUCAAAAAGGUUCCACGAGAUGAAGACGAUCCAGGGAAGGGUAAUUACUGGACCUUAGAUCCAAAUUGUGAAAAAAUGUUUGACAAUGGCAACUUCAGACGCAAGAGGAAGAGAAAGUCUGACAGUCUCCUAGAGAAGAGCAGUUCUGGAGGGAAUCUGAGCUCAGAGUCAGGAGACAGUAAUGGCAGGGGCAGUCCAAAAAAUCAAGCUGUUGACAUUUCCACUUUGCCUGAAAAGAGUCCUUCACCCGCAUCCACGGGUCCAUCACCAUGCUUGAACAACUUCCUGACUGAGAUGUCUGGCGUAGCUGGUCCUCUGGAUAUGGAAGGAGAUCCCCUGAGUCGUCCCUUUACACUCAGUCUGCCGGUGGAUGGAGCACAGAGAGCUUCGCAGCCCGCAGGGUUUGGCAACUACUCCCCCGGCUCCACGGUGUCCGAAUGGGCAUCAUCUCUGCCCCCACCACCCCCCAUUUCCCCAUCACCCUCCCACUCCACUUUAGGCUACAGCGGGCCUGCUCUCAGUCAGUUUAAUGGGCAUUUUUACCCUGGUUUGAGCUCAACAGGUAUUCUUUACCCUCGGGAGGGCACAGAGGUGUAGGAAGGGAAGUAGGUGACAGCCAAAAAAGAAAAAAACUGAAUGAUUAAUUCACGCUACAGACACUGGGGGCGAAAAAAAAAAACAAAAACAAAAAAACUUGUUUUCCUGAAACUAUACACUACUUUUGGCCUAACUGAAAUCCUUUGAGAUCUGUGGGCACAAGAUACGAAUGAAUUCCCACAGGAAUGGCCUAGUCAGCAUGAGAUAUGACAGGCUGACUCUAGCAAAGGCCCUUGUUACCAGCAGCCCUGACCUGGGGUCAGCUGCUGACAUCAAGCCAUUUUACGCACAUCUGAUUCUUACUUAGCUCAGAUUACUGACACUGAAUUCAAGCACAUGUAAUGAAACAAAAGAGCAGAAUGACUUCUUAUGUGGGCAGAGAAACUCCAGUGAAAAUACAUACAGUGAAGCAGAUUUUAUUCUGAUGCAUGCUGGUAUUGUCAUAUGAUAAAGUCAGUCUUUGUAUUUUAACAUGACAAUGUGUUUGCUAUAUAGUUGUAAAGCUGGGUAUGUGUGAAGUAUGGAGUGUACUUUAAUUAAUUUUACUUUAUUAUGAGGUCUUUAAGGGUGUAUACUGCUUCUUCUUUUAUUUUUAUAAAACAUUUUUU